UGUAAGGACGAUGUUUGAAAGGCCAAUCUUCUCAGUUCACACCUUAAAGCCAAUGUUUUAUGACUCCGUUAACGUUAAUAGCAUCCGAAAAUAAAGGAAAAAAAAAAAACAACAAAACAUCGAUCGAACAGGCAAUUAGGGCAGAAAAAUUACAUCGAAGUGAAAGGGCAAUUCAUCAUCAACAUUCUCGAAUCAGGUGAAAUUGAUUUCUGGAAAUUAGGUUUUCCUUGUCAGGUUAAAAAUUGUGCUUUUCCGCGCGUAGAUUUUGCUGGAAGUUUGCUGGAAGUUUUAGGGUGUUUGAUAUUGGUGAAUGUCAGGUAGUUGGAAAUAAAAAAUGGCGGCCAAUCAACAUUAUACCCGAAUUGACACUUUAGAUCUGAAAGAUCUCAUAUACCAAAAGAUUGGGCAUCAGAGAGCUGAUAAAUACUUUGGUCAGCUCAGAAGAUUUCUUAAUUUCAAGGUUACCAAGAAUGAGUUUGACAAAUUUUGCAUUCAAACACUUGGGAGAGAGAAUAUCUCUCUUCACAAUCGUCUUAUUCGAUCUCUUCUUAAGAAUUCCUGUCUUUCUAAGGUGCCUCCAUUGAAAGCUCCUCAAAAUGGUAAAGUGGUGAAUGGUUAUCAGAGAAAUUGUCUUCAGUCCAUUUAUGGUGAUGUCUUUCCUCUUUCUCCUCGGAAGGGUAGGUCACCAGUAAACAGGGAUAGGAAGUUCCGAGACCGUCCCAGUCCUCUCGGGCCACUCGGAAAGUCACAUAGUGUUACGAGUGACGAAGUGGUUCCAAGAGCACAAGAGCAGCAAAGUGCGACGGAGCUGCAUUCUCUUGGUAGCAGGCCCCCUGUUGAAGUUGCAUCUGUGGAAGAUGGAGAAGAGGUUGAACAAAUUGCUGGAAGCCCAUGUGUCCAAAGCAGGAGCCCGGUUACAGCUCCUCUCGGUAUUUCCAUGAAUGUGGGUGGUGCUUGUAAGGCUCUUUGCAAUGGAUCUGUAUAUAAGUUUCAUCCUGAGACUUGUCAGAACAUUGGUGAGUUACCUAAUACUGCAUCUUUAAGAACGCGUUUAGAGCGGAAGUUGGAGGAGGAGGGCCUUAGCAUCUCAGCGGAUUGUGCCAACCUGUUAAAUAAUGGUUUGGAUGUGUUUCUGAAGAGAUUGAUUGAACCUUGUAUCGGACUAGCUGGGUCAAGGUCUUCAAAAGAGGAGAUCGUACCUGGUUCAAAUAGGAUGCUACCUGGGAGAUAUAUGCAAAGACCAUCCAAGUCCAUUGACGCAUCUUUUUUGGAUUUUCGUGUUGUGAUGGAGUCAAAUCCUCAUAUACUUGGCAAAGAUUGGCCAAUGCAGCUUGAGAAAAUCUGUUCUCGUGCAUCUGAGGAAUAAGAACCUAAUUGGCAUCUUCAAUCCAUAAGUUGAAUUUGGGUGGGAUCAUGGGACUUGAGUUCAAAGUACAUAUAAAGCGUUGAAGAUUCUCUCUGACAUGAAUCCUGACCUUCACUGCUGUGCAGUAUUCACAAACAUUGCCGAAGGGAACAAGUUGUGACUACUAUAGGAAGUUUUGAAUUAGUUGUGUAGGUUGCAUUUAGAUGUCAUCAUUGAUUAUUGUUGGGUAUUGGAACUUGUUUAUACUGUCACAUACACCUUUUGAUGCAAUUCAAAAUCACCCCACAAUAUUUCUAAGUUCCAACACUAAUUUUCUAUUGCGACCUUGUUGUUUCUUAUUAUCAUGUUUUGCAUGAAAUAAAUCAUUAUAAAGUUCCAAAUUGGUUACAGUGACUAGAAAUGUCUAUUAUAAUUUGUAUGGAACUUGAUGUUGCAGUUUGCAUCAACUAUUCUUAUUGGUGGUAUUUUGUUGAACUA